CGUUUUUUCUCUUAUCCGCCCGUCCACGUCGGUCGUUUCUCGAUGUUGUGAGUUGGUUGUCGCAUCAUCGUCAUCUGUGCCCGUAAACACGCGACGGAUCGAUAGAUAAUCAUGUCCAACAACGCGGCACCGGACUCGUGGGAGGAAACGGAAUUGACCGAUUCGAGUGCCAGCGAUUUGCAACAGAAGCUCAUAAAGCUGAACGUCAACGCGGCGGAGUUUGUGCCGUCGUUCGCCUCGUUCUCGACCAAGUCCGAUGGUGAGGAUGAUCAAAAAGAUGGUGACAAGAAACCGACCGCCGCCAACACCGACGGUGUUGGAGAAACUCUCACCAGUGACAGCAAAGGUGCUGCAGGAGCUACGUCCACAGUGCUUGACUCUUGGGAGGACGGAGCGUCUAGCACCCCUGAAGAUGGCACUGCCAAACCUUUAGUUGAAGAUGGUAACGACAUAGAAAUAGACACUGAAAUUGAGGUUGAUGAAGAGAAGCCUAAACCUACUCCCAAAAAGGUCGUUGAACUGUCUACACCUAAACCCAAAAAAGAGCAUAUCAAUAUUGUCAUUAUUGGGCACGUUGAUGCUGGAAAGUCAACUAUUGGUGGUCAAAUAAUGGCUCUUACUGGUAUGGUUGAUAAAAGAACGUUGGAUAAAUAUGAAAAAGAAGCAAAAGAAAGAAGCCGAGAAUCUUGGUAUUUAUCAUGGGCAUUAGAUACUAAUCAAGAAGAACGAGAAAAAGGCAAAACUGUUGAAGUUGGUAGAGCAUAUUUUGAAACAGAAAGAAAACAUUUUACUAUAUUGGAUGCUCCUGGUCAUAAAAGUUUUGUCCCAAAUAUGAUUGGUGGUACUGCUCAAGCUGACUUGGCUGUUUUGGUUAUUUCGGCUCGUAAAGGUGAAUUUGAAACAGGAUUCGAUAGAGGAGGACAAACACGAGAACAUGCUAUGUUAGCAAAAACAGCUGGUGUUAAACAUAUGGUUGUGCUUAUAAAUAAAAUGGACGAUCCAACAGUACUGUGGUCAAAAACUAGAUAUGAAGAAUGUCGAGACAAAAUUUUACCAUACCUUAAAAAACUUGGGUUUAAUGUAACCAAAGACUUAACAUUCAUGCCUGUGUCUGGUCAGACUGGUUUAGGGCUUUUAGACCAAGUUGAAGAAUCAAUUUGCCCUUGGUAUAGAGGGCCUGCAUUUAUUCCAUUUAUUGACAAUUUACCUUUAUUAAAUCGUCGUUCAGACGGACCUUUUAUAAUGCCUGUUGUAGAAAAAUAUAAAGACAUGGGAACUGUACUCAUGGGAAAAGUAGAAUCUGGUGAAGCCAAAAAGACACAAACUCUUGUUCUGAUGCCUAAUAGAACUCAAGUUAUUGUUGAUCAACUAUGGUCAGAUGAUGAAGAAGUUACCUCAGUUGGACCUGGUGAAAAUAUCAAAGUUAAACUGAAAGGUGUUGAAGAAGAAGAUGUGUCUCCUGGUUUUAUUUUAUGUGAUCCAAUUAAUCCUGUUAAGACUUGUCGUAUAUUUGAUGGACAGGUUGUCAUAUUAGAACAUAAAAGCAUAAUAUGUGCUGGAUAUUCAGCCGUUAUGCAUAUUCAUUGUGUUGCUGAAGUAGUAGAAGUUAAGGCAUUAAUAUGCUUAGUUGAUAGAAAAACAGGAUUAAAAUCAAAUAUGCGACCCAGAUUUGUUAAACAAGAUCAAGUAGUUAUAAUGAGGCUUGAAUGUUCAGGUGUUGUUUGUCUAGAAGAAUUUAAACUUUUUCCACAAAUGGGAAGGUUUACACUUCGAGACGAAGGUAAAACUAUUGCUAUUGGCAAAGUGUUGAAAAUAAUUGAGUAGCUGAAAUUAUUUUAUUAUAAUUUUAUAAUUUUAAAAUGAU